CAUUUGCUUGCGUCUGCUAGCCACUGUAGUCCACUGUAGUUCUUAGGCUCUACUCUGCUUCCCACGCUCCCCUACGCUCCCUACGGAAUAAGACCUUCAAUGUCAUACUCAAAAGUAUAUAAUGGCCACUUCCAGGCCUGACAAAGCAUUCGACAACAUCAUCAACUUCCGCGACCUCGGCGCUUUCGUUAGUCGAACGACAGGCCGUGAAAUACUGAAGCCCGGCCUCCUCUUCCGCAGUGCUCGUCCCGAUGCCGCCUCCCCCAGCGACCGGCACCGCUUGAUUUCCGAAUACAAAAUCAAGACUGUCAUCGACCUGCGCACUGAGACCGAGCGGAUUGAAGCUCGACGCAAAUUCGCCUCUCGUGUACCAUCUGCACCAGCCGUAACUCCGUCCGAUCCGACCUCCCCGCUAAAGAUUCCGGGAAUAACAUACCGCGAAAUCGACUUCAACGGUUCCGCUUAUACCAACGCGUUGCUCGAAAAGCUUACGUACUACCAGACAGCCCAACUCUACGCUUUGUACAUCUUGGGCUACCGUAAAGAAGCCAUCUCUAUCCUAGGCUCUAAUGUCCUCGCAAAACGCGGGCUCAUCGGUCUUGCGGAAGAUAGCCUGAAGCACUGUACCGCUCAAGUCCUCGCUGUCUUCAACAUCCUGUGCGACCAGGAGUCGUAUCCCGUGCUCGUGCAUUGUACGCAAGGCAAAGACCGUACAGGCCUGAUCAUCCUGCUCGUCUUGAUGCUGUGUGAGGUCCCACUCGAGGUUAUCGAGCAAGACUAUCUGCUCAGCGAGCGCGAACUCGAGCGGGAGAAGGAGGAGAAGGUUAAGGAGAUCCGGAGUAUUGGGUUGCCGGACAGCUUCGCGGAGUGCCAUGCUGAUUGGGUCAAGAAGGUUAGAAGCUGUGUGGAUGAUAAGUACGGUGGGGUUGAGGUGUACCUGGAGGGUUGCGGUCUGAGCGCGAGUGCGCUACGGAAGCUCCGUGCUUUUCUUACGGCGGCAUCUGAGGCCAAAUAAUCCGGACUUGCUUCGGCCUGUGACAUUGAACAUGCGCGCAAUCCUCGCCGUCGCUUUGAGGAGGACUCUCCAGAAACGAGUUCAGCACGAAUGCCAAUGGCAGGAAUGGCAAGUUACAGGCGUAUGAGCUUGUACGUUGCUAUAUCCUGGCCACCGCCAACAGCGGCAGCAGCUCACUGUCCGCUAACCCUGAACUAAGUACGCGUUGAGCACCUAGCUGCUUGCCCUAGUCCACCGUGUUCAGCUCAGGUCAUCCAUUCCAGUGCCCACAAGAAAAGGCUUUGUUCGGUUCUCUUACGAUCCGUGUUGAAGUUUCUUAAUGCUCCCUGCCGCACAAGACUCAGUCAAAGAUAUGGCUGACCGUGAUCGCAAAGCCAAUGAUCAUGCGGAAGACUGUGUUCACUGUGACGACAAC